CGGUGUCAUGGCGCGGCAACGAUGACCGAGAGCGUGUUCCUCAUCGACGAAUCUAGCACGAAGGCCAGUAUGUGGGGCGGAUUUCGCUGCAACAGGGCUUUCGUGAUACUGUUCCUCCUAAACGUGAUCGUCUUCCAAAGCAUCAUAUAUUAUCAGGAGCACAAGAAAUGGCAGGAGAUCAGGUCCAGGUUGGACCCGGUGAUAGCGGAUCUACAGGACGUGCAGGGGCUGACGUACGGGUUGCUGAAGAGGCUGGAGGCACACGGCCUCUUCGUCGAGAACGUCCGCGGGCGGGACGACGGUAGCCGGCCGGUGAUCUACGCGAUCACGCCUACGUUCGCCAGGCCCGUGCAGAAGGCCGAGCUCACCCGGUUGGCGCAGACGUUCCUACAUGUCCCCAAUUUUCACUGGCUCCUCGUAGAGGACGCGCCGCAGAAGACCGCCCUGGUCACCCGAUUCCUGGAGACCAGCGGCCUGAUCUACACCCAUCUGUCCGUGUCGACCCCGCCGAAUUACAAGCUCGGCAGGAACGACCCGAAUUGGAAAAAGCCGCGCGGGGUUGAGCAACGAAACGCGGCGCUAAGAUGGCUCAGGGAGAACCUCAAGCCGUCUGACAAAGGCGUCGUAUACUUUGCCGACGACGAUAAUACUUAUUCUGUUAAACUUUUCCACGAGAUGGAGAAAAUACAAAAAGUUGGCGUUUGGCCGGUCGGCCUAGUCGGCGGUCUAAUGGUAGAGAAGCCUAUUUGCGACAACGCCACUAAUAAAGUAAUCGGUUUUAACGCGGCGUGGAAACCGGAUCGGCCGUUUCCACUCGACAUGGCAGGCUUCGCUAUUAAUCUCGAAUUACUGUUGGAGCAUAAAGACGCGUGGUUCUCAUACGACGUGCAAGGCGGCUAUCAGGAGAGUGAGAUACUUAGACAAUUAGUCACGAAGGAUCAAUUGGAGCCACUGGCGGACUGCUGCACGAAGGUGUACGUGUGGCAUACGCGAACGGAACCGCCGCAAUUAAAUGUCGAGCAGAUGUUGAUCAAGAAAGGUAAGCGUUCCAAUGCCGGCAUCGAGGUAUAAAAAAGAAAAGGUUG